GCCGCCAUCGCGUCGACGAGGAGAGAGACAAAACCCUCCUCCCUUCCUCGCCGCCUCCCCCCGCUCGCAGUCGCAGGUCUAGCUAGGGUUUGGUCUCCCCGCCCCGCCGCGCGCGCUCCUCACCUCCAGAAGCUGCCAGACGCUCGAAGGAGGAGCUCCCGCCGCCGCAUCAGCCAUGGCGUCCACAAAGGUCCAGCGUAUCAUGACCCAGCCCAUCAACCUCAUCUUCCGGUUCCUCCAGAGCAAAGCGCGCAUCCAGAUCUGGCUGUUCGAGCAGAAGGACCUCCGGAUUGAGGGUCGCAUCAUUGGCUUUGAUGAGUACAUGAACUUGGUCCUUGAUGAUGCUGAGGAAAUCAAUGUUAAGAAGAACAUUAGGAAAUCAUUGGGUAGGAUACUCCUGAAAGGUGACAACAUAACUUUGAUGAUGAACACUGGCAAGUGAAGGGGGUAGAUGUUUGGCGCCUAGUAUCCUUGAGACAUUUGUACUCCAUCGAGGCUGAAAUGUAGCAUGUCAUUGUGCGUGAGACAUUGUACCCUUCUAUCCAGACUGAAAAUGUAGCUUGUCAUUAUGGAAGUGAGAUAGUUGUCCUUGUUGACUACCUGGGGUUAACUCUGUGAGCUACUGCUAGAUGUGAUAAUGAGCUGCUCACUUGUGGUCUGAAUAUCAACAUGACUUGUGUGUGCUUUGUUGACA